CAAACAAAAGUACUAUAGUAACAAAAUCCAAUUUUUUUUCAUAUCUAAACAAGGCUUUAGCCAUUCCUCAGAUGGCAUCGGACUUUUAAGAUGCCGGGGUCCAGCGGAUUACAGAUUUUGGAACCUUGGCAUCAAAACCAAACGUUUUAUGUGCCUCGUUCGUUUGGGGUGGAUUCUCCAGCCACCGAUUCCUGUGUAAACGAACGGGCCCACUCUGCUCAUCAGCCGACCGGAGCGGGGACAUCUUCGUCCAGCCGCGCUCCUGCCUUCCCAAACCCCAGAACCAAAAUUUGAAAUCCCAAAUCCCCAACUCCUUCUGCUGCUCCCCGUGCUCCCGCGUACCACCAGAUCCCGCACGGCCGCCGAGGCACCCUCCUCCUCCUCCUCAUCCUUGCACGCACGCCCCCUCUGCCCCUCCCAUGCCCGCGGCUUCAGAGGCCGUGGGCGCGCCCAGCGGCGGCGUCGGCGGCGGCGGAGACGUCGAGCAGGAGUACGAGAUCCGCAACGACGAGGGCUUCGUCUACAAGGUCGCCAGGGGGGUCCACCUCGACUCCGCGCCCUCCUCCUCCACCCAGCUGGCGGCGGGCCGCGACCCCAAGGCUGUCGGCCUGCGCCGCCGCCGCCGCGCGCUCCUCCGCCUCCGCGACAAGCGCCUCCGCGACCUCGCCCGCUGGGAGGCCCUCGCCUCCGAACUCAUCGCCCCGCUCCCCGCUCCCCAGCCACCGGCUCCUUCCCUUCCCUCCUCGUCCCAGCCCGACGCUGCUGCUGCCGCCGCCGCCGCCUCCUCGUCCUCCAUCCUCGACGACCUCCUCGCACAGGUCGACACGCAGGCAGAGUUCCUGAAGAAGGCUCGGCAAUGGUGCGAUGAGGUCAACGCGCUUUGCGAUGAUCCUGAGCCAGCCAUCUUUGAUUCAUGUGUUCCGCCGUUGUGGGGCGCCAACCCAAAGGAGCUGAUGGAGGGGCUGUGCAGUCCAGAAGAAAAGACUGCCUACAGUAUGUGGUGCGGCAACCCAAAGGAGCUGAUAGAGGGGCUGUGCAGUCCAGGAGAAAAGACUGCCUACGGUAAGAAUGGGCGCCAAGAAGCUUCAAGAGAGUCUAAAAUGAAAAAAGUUAGUAUCAAAAAACAGAAAAUGGCUCGUGACCUUCCUCCCAUUCUCACUGAGAGCAGGAAGAAGAAAAGAGUAAUUAAUCUUUCAUGCUCCAAUAACGUUGCACCACAAGGCUCUGUUGAACCAAAGAGGAAGAAGGCAUAUAGGAGUAAAUCUACCGCCCCAGGUACUCCAGGAUCAGCCACGAGAAGGAAGGCAGAGUCGACUCCAGGAUCAGCGACGAGAAGGAAGGUAGAGUCGACUCCAGCAAGAGCUCCAGACAUAGUUUGUAGCCCGGGGCCACUAACCAGGAGAAGGGCAGCAGCAAAAAAUGAAUCACCAGCAGGUUCAUAAUCAGAGGCUCUUAUUUAAAAAGCCAAAAUGUCUUAUAAUUUGGAUUGGAGGGAGUAGGAAAGAGUAUGUGUUUGUACACUAGUGUUGUGCGCUGCUGAUGUACCUGGACAGUCCAAACCAACCUAUAAUUUGGAAUUGAGGGAGUAGCUUAGGGUGUGUUUGGUUGGGGGUGUUAAAGUGUAAUAGGAGUUAAAGUCUACCAUAGAGAACCAAACGGUCACCAGUUUAGCCAUUAACUGUCACCUUGUGUAUUUGAGAAGUUCCAGCCGCAGAUGGUAUUUUUUAGUGUGCAAUCUGAGUAUCGCUGUAUUGGUAGUGAAGUUGUUCACAUAAGUGCAUGACUGCUCCUUGGAAA